AUUUAAUAUUAAAAGUUUUCUAAUGUAAGAAAAGGACCCAAAAGAAUAGGAAUUAUACAAAGUACUUGCUUAAUGUGCAUACAGAAAUGCGUAGAUUUUAUUUAUAAUUAUAAUUUAGUAAUUUAGUUGCUAAUGAUGCUGCAAAUAUUCUACUCAAUUAUCCAAAAUUAUUCAAUCCACUAAUGAUAUAAACAAGUAUAAAAUUUAUUUUAAAUAAAGAUGAGUAAGGUGUAAUUAAAUAUUUGUUGGAACUCAAAGGAGAAGGUAUGGUUAAAUUUUAUAUUAGUACCGAUUAAAUAUAAAGGAUAUACUUACUCUAUUAUCACAUCCAUCUAAUUUCCAUUUAUUUAUUCUGAUGCACCAGCUAUUAUUAGAAUUUAUAACAUUGAUACAUUCAGGUUCUCGGUGAAUUAACAUUUCAUUAAAGGGGCUUCUUAAGAUUAAUCUGUUGUUAAUAUUCACAUUUAAGAAUUAUAAACUUGGUAUUAACAUAGAUCUUUAGUAAAUAUAAUAUAAUAUAUAAUAAGCCAAAAGUAAUGGCCUCCUUUAUAAGAGAAUUAGAAUCGCAUUUUCCAUUCUUCUACAAAGGUGAAACGUAAUAUAUGUUAAUUUAUUAUAGAGUGGCUGCUUAACACACAAAACAAUAAAUGUAAUAAUAACCUUAAAUGUAAUAACCUUAUCAAUACUAAAACUAAAUUUAUAAUUAAUAAUAAUAUCCAAAUAACAAUACUAAUAAUUUUAACACCUAAGCUUAUAAUUAAUAUGGAAAUGUUUAAUAACAGCCUAAGAAUUAAACCAAUUAUUAAUAAGGUAAACCUUUGACUGAAAGUGAGUAGAAAUUAUAGGAAAGAUGUAAUUAAAGUAAAAAUUUCGUUGAUUUAAGUAGUAUUAAAUGAAAAUUUAAAUUAAAUUUUAUUUGAUCACAAAUGUUUGCAUUAACAUUAUGAUAAAUUAAUUAAUGAGAUUAAUAAACAAGAAGCAAAAAUAAAUUAUCUAAAUAAUCUUGAAAACUAAAUUGAAUAAUCUAUUUUAUUUUUAGAAAAUGAAAAUAAACAGUUUAUUGAAUUUAUAGAAAAAAAUGACAUAUUUGAGUAUGAAUUUUAUGCAUCCUAGAUUAAAUGAAGAUAAUCUCUUUUUAAAUGUAAAAGAAGUGGAUAAAUUUUCAUCCUAAAUCUUAGAUUUAUAUUCAGAUAUCUAAGCAUGCAAAGAAACAUUGCAUUUUAUUGUGACAAAAUUUAAAAGUUUUAAUUUAUCAUUUGAAACUGUUACAAAAGUAGGACAAUAAUAUAAUAAUAUUAGUUGACUCGUAAAUUUUCAGAAGAGAAAUUUAAUAAUAUAUUAUUAUUAAAGAAAUGCACCUCUAAAAUAAUAUGA